UUGACUGACCGGCGUAAUGACGUCACACGCAACGUCAACUGACAACAACUGAUUUCCCAAAAAAGAAAGGACAAUGAAACUAUUCAACUCUUACUUUAUUUAGCAAAACUUAGAUUUUAUAAACACCGGACACCAUGUAAUCGUUCAUAGAUAACACGAAUAAUAUGCGUAAAAAGGCACAAAAUGUGUUCGUUUCACAUUUCCUUAUUUCUGGACGGCUGCAAUGCGGUGUUUGCCAAACUCAAGUGCUAAUACCUUACUAUGGAUUUCACAUUUAAACCCGGUUAGCAGAUGUAAGUUCUUGACUCCAUCAUGACCUCACUGCCGUCUUCGUCUGAUUUAACGGGGUCGAGCUCAACAUGCAGGACUCUUCCUGGGGAGGGGAGUCAGGUCCACCCCAGGGCUCCUCUCCUGCAGAUCCUGAGAGUAGCAGGUGCACGGGAGGAGGUGUUUACCUUGAAGGAGGUCAUGCACUACCUGGGUCAGUACAUCAUGAUAAAGCAGCUGUAUGAUAAACAAAGGCAACACAUCGUCCACUGUCAAGACGACCCACUUGGAGAGUUGCUGGAAGUGGGGAGCUUUUCAGUUAAAAACCCAAGUCCUGUGUACGAGAUGCUGAAGAAAAAUCUAUUUAUAUUAAAUAAUUCGGAUGCUGCAAAGAAUCUUUCAGUCGACAAGGAUUCUAAUGAGUCUCCAAGUGAAGAUCCUGGUCAGGUGUCUGGUGUGUCGAUAAGCUCUGGACAGGUGCUCAAUCCUGGUAGUACAAGCACCAGUGCUAUGCAGAGCUCCUCACAACGAAGACCACGCGAUCCUGAUGAAGAUUCUUCAGAUGGCUUACCCAGGUCUGCUUGCAAGCGGCCAAAGCUGGAUGUGACUCUGGAAGAGUGGGACCUUUCUGGGUUGCCCUGGUGGUUUCUGGGUAACCUGCGGAGUAAUUACACUCGCCGGAGCAAUGGUUCAACUGAUAUCCAUACUAAUCAACUCUCUCCCGGACAGGACGAAGACACGGCGAUUGUUUCUGACACCACAGAUGAUCUGUGGUUCCUCAAUGAAGCGGAGAGUGAGCAGGUGAGCGUGGAAAUGAAGGAAACCGUGCUGGAGCAGGGCAGUGACGCGGACUCUCCACAUGAAGAGGAGGAGACUGGGAGAGACAGUAAAGAUGACAGAAAGAUGCAGGAAGACCAGGAUGAGGACUCUCAGUGUUUAAGUGACGACACUGAUACUGAGAUCUCCACACAGGAUGCUUGGCAAUGCUCCGAGUGCCGUAAAUUUAACACCCCUCUGCAGCGGUACUGCAUGCGCUGCUGGGCUCUGCGAAAAGACUGGUACAAGGACUGUCCUCGUCUCGUGCACUCCAUCUCAGUGCCAGACAUCCCCGCCUGCAGUUCACAUCCUCAGAGGGAUGAAGAUGAGGACGAGGAUGAUGGAAUCGACAUGCCUGACUGCCUCAGGACUGUGUCUGACCCGGUCGUCCUCCCCUCACACCGUGUCUCUAGAAACAUCCCUCCUUCGUCCCCUUCCUCGUCUAAGGGAAAAGGUCCUUUACGGCUUCGCCACUCUCAGGAGAGCUCCGAGGGUGAGAGCCAGGACAUCCUGGACAUGGAGACAGAGUGCCAACCAGAAGCUUUACUGGAGCCCUGCAAGCUGUGUCGGGUGCGCCCACGUAACGGCAACAUCAUCCACGGUCGUACCGGUCACAUGAUCACCUGCUUUCCGUGUGCUCGCAAGCUGCAUAGGUUUCACGCGCCUUGCCCGGGCUGUGGCCAGGUUAUACAGAAGGUCAUCAAAACAUUUAUAGCGUGACAGAAAUCGGGAACGAUUUAUAGGCACGCAUGUAUUAUACAGAGACACAUUACAGUAUCUUUUUUUUUUUUUUUUUUUGAAGGAGGAAAUUAAUGGACCAUUGCCAGGCUAAAUUGAAUAGUGUAUUUAGAUUUUUUUGGUGUAUAGUACAAAGUAAAUAUAAAGACAAUAUAAUUUAACCUCUGUCCAUGUGACAUACUGAAAAUGCCUCAUAUUGAUAGUUUUGCAUCGUUUUUAUUAGCAUAAAUUGCUUAAAGAAAAAGUUGUUUUGUCUGUCAGGUGAAGAGGAGUGCUACUGCCUGUGAAGAAGGUAUAGAAAUGAGUCAGAAAGUGAUAAAGGACUUAAAUAAAAUGCAUGGCUUCAGUAGUAGUGCCAGCAUAAUCUUGAGUUAUAACUCUUACCUUGUACAGUCCAGAUAAGAUUUUAUAGCGUUUCUUUGGCAGGCAUUUAAGAGCCCAUCCAACAUACUUGACCAAUGUUAGUUUUAUUUGAAAGAAAAAUCUAUUUAAUUUAGGCUUCUUCCCCUUCAGAUUUCAGACACUUAAAGACUAAAGCCCUAGACAGCACUUCAGUGUGAAUUGUGUUGACCUGGUAAGGGGAUUUAUUUAAAAAAAAGGUGCUUUAAACCGAUUAAACUGGAAUAUUUAUUUAUUUAUGAACUUUUUGCAGAUAAUGUUGUGAGGGUGUCACCACUCAACAGUUGUAUUACACAUUACAGUGUUAAAUCAUUUUCUGGGAGUUUCUUGCUUAUACAUUGGUGACGCAUUAUGUGUUAAAGGGACCAUGCUUUUUAACUCUUGGUUAGAAGCACAGUUUCUCUGUUUGUUUGAUCCCAAACCUGAUCUUUUUGUGCUUUUUCUGUUCAAUCCUCUUCUAAGUCUUUAUUUGUUUUUUCCCUUCAGAUUCAAUUCUGCCACACCCAUUCACUUGUGCCUGUUAGAGGAAUAUAUAUAUAUAUGCGUAUAUUAUAUAUGAGAGCUGUUAUUGGAAGGGUUCCUAUGGGCUAAUUCUCCAGAUGUCCCACAUUGAGCUGACAUUUAUGAGAAACGAAAUUGCUUUGGGCACUCUAGAAAAGAGGAUUUUUCUAAUGAAACUUUUGAGCACUUGAGUGUUUGAAAUAUAUUUUAUGUGAAUGUUUGUUAAUCUUAAUGCUGCUGUAUUAUACUGUACCAAAGUGGAAUGUUAAGUCUCUAUUGUCUUAAGUACAUCUACAAAAGACUAAUACAAUGAUUUGUGCAGUAUUGUAGUCGUAUUAUAGUCGUCAGCCACCAGAGGGCGAUGGAGCCUUUUAAAAUACCAGAUUGCAGUCAAUACAUGGUACAAGUUUUGUGUUUUGCUACAAUAUUCCUAGUUAAUAUGGGAGCUGUGAAGGCUUUACUAAAUAUGACAUUACCAGAAGUUUCCUGUAUGGUACAACAUUGCUGUUUCACUGCCACCAUGCCACAUAGUAUGGAAUCUGAAACGUAUUUAUCUUAAGUCACUGCAACUAUAUAAUGAAGUUUGCUUAACUGUUUUACUUGAUUUAUGCUCAGAUUCGAUCUGAAUGUUUUGUUUUAAAUUUAAAAGAAAUACUUUAAUAAACAAGGGAAUAAAAAG